AUGGUUGCCGGCUAUCCCAACGGCCCCGCUGCCCGUGUGGUGCUGGACAUGAGAUCAGACACCGUCACUCAACCGACCGAGGGGAUGCGCCAGGCGAUGGCGACUGCAGAGGUGGGUGAUGAUGUUUUCGGGGAUGACCCCACGGUGAAAAGGCUGGAAGAUGAAGUUGCAAAGAUGCUGGGCAAAGAAGCAGGGCUUUUUGUAGCCUCAGGGACGAUGGGCAAUCUCCUUGCGCUGGGCUGUCAUUGUUCAGGUCGGGGUGAGGAGGUGAUUUGCGGGAAGGACUCGCACAUUUUUGUUUACGAGCAAGGCGGUGCCUCGAGCUUGAUGGGCAUUGUCCUGAAUACCAUUCCGAACCAAGAGGAUGGAACUCUUGACUUGGAGGAAGUCGCCAAGUACAUUAAACCAAAUGACGCACACUUUGCCACUGCGAGAGUCCUGGCACUGGAAAACACCAGCAACAAGCUGGGAGGCCUUGUCCUUCCCCUUGAAUACAUGGAGAAGGCAGGUGAGUUUUGUCAACGCCACAACUUGAAGAUGCAUGUGGACGGAGCCCGUCUAUGGAACGCCGCAGUGGCUUUGAAAGCCCCUAUCAGUGAUUUGGUGCGACAUGCGGAUUCUGUGAAUGUUUGUUUAUCCAAAGGCUUGGGUGCCCCGGUCGGUUCAAUCCUCACAGGUUCAAAGGACUUCAUCGUUAAGGCCAGGAGGCUGCGGAAAGCCGUUGGUGGUGGGCUUCGGCAGGUGGGGAUCCUGGCAGCUGCAGGGCUUUAUGCGUUGGAACAUCACAUGAAGCGACUGGAAGAAGAUCAUGAGAACGCCGCGCGCUUGGCAGCUGGUCUCAAAGCAUUCCAGUUGAAUGUCCUUCCGGUACACACGAACAUCGUAUUUUUCGAUAUCGAUGAUGCUCCAAGCGUUGUGGCAGAUCUUGCGUCCAGGGGAGUACGAAUCCUGUGCACAGAUGGGAAGAGGCGGUGUCGAGCUGUUGCAAACCUGCAUGUUAGAUCUUCCGACAUUGAUUUUUUCCUGGCACGGUUGGCAGAUGUUAUGGAGAAGAAGAAACCCUGA